AUGGAACAAUUAAAUUGUCAAAAUGAAAGCGAGUGGAUUAAUUGGCUUGAUGAAGCAAUUAAUAAGGAACAUAUAAAAUAUUAUAAAUAUGAUCAAUUUAAUAAUGUUAAAAUUAUCGGUUCCGGCGGAUUCGGCAAAGUAUUUCGAGCUAACUGGAAAAAUACGGGAAAUAUUUUAGCUUUGAAAGAAUUUAAAUAUAAUACCGCUGUUAAAGAAAUCAUCAAUGAGGUAAAGUGUAAUUGUUCCUGUUCAGAAUUCUUCAACAAAAAGCUUUGCGCACAUAAUUACUCUCUUUUAAAAAAUAAAAAAUUCAUGAUUGUAAUGGAAUAUGCCGACGGAGGUUCUCUUAGAAACUACUUGAAACUUAAUUUCAGUACUCUCACAUGGGAUAAUAAAUAUCAAUUAGCAUAUCAAAUUGUAAGAGCUCUGGAAUGUUUACAUAAUGAAGAAAUUCUACACCGUGACUUGAAUUCCAAUAAUAUUUUUGUUCAUCAAAAUAGAAUUAAAUUAGGUGAUUUUGGAUUAUCCAAAAGAAUUGAGGAAAUAUCAAAAUCUGGUUCAGAAACAAUUGGCGUUAUUCCUUACAUCGACCCAAAUAAAUUUGAACAAAAAAAUUAUAAAUUUAAUAAAAAAAGUGAUAUAUAUAGUCUUGGUGUAAUACUUUGGGAAAUAUCAAGUGGCAAACCUCCAUUUAAGAAUACAGAUUAUAACGAUCCACAUUAUGAAAUAUGUUUAGCAAUAAAAAUUAUGCAAGGUUUUCGAGAAACAGUUGUUAAGAAUACACCUAUUGAAUAUAUUAAACUUUAUACUGGUAAUUAUAAAUUAAUUCUGAAUUUUCUUUUUUAACGUAGUAUAAUUUCUGGAAUAACAUCGAAAAAAAUAAAAUUUAUUUUCAGCGUGUUGGGAUCAAAAACCAGACGAACGCCCAACUGCUCAACAAGUCGUUACGAAAUUGGAAAAAAUUAUGUCACAAAAAAAUAUAUUAGGGGACAAUUUUGAGGAGGAUAAUCAAUUAUCGAAAGAAAUUCAGUGUAAUAAAAAUACCAAUACAAGUUUUAGUAAUUCUAGCAUACAUUUAACAAUUUUGGAUAAAGAUAAUAAUUUAUUUCAGGAAAUAUCUAAUAAUAUAAUAUCAUCCGAAAAAUUAGAAACCGAUAAAGCGAGAGGUUUUAUUAAUAAGAAAACUCUUGGAACUAAACAAAUUCUUAGGUUUCGUACGCCAAAACUCGGAAAUAAAGUAAAAAAACUACUAAGUAAACUGAAAGUAAAGCAAAUCAUAAAACAUUAAUAUCGUUGUAACUUAUAUAAGUGAAACAUAGUAAGGGUUAUAGGGAGGUG